GGAUAGUAUUAUUUAUUGAACAGAACCCCUUAACGAUAAACAACACACACCUUCACUUGCUUUGCUUUGGAAUCGAAUCCUGUUUCUCACGGCGUGGGACAAUCCCUUUAUCGACCUUCCCUCCAUGAACUUGCUGGAAAAGAUAAAGAUGGGAAAGAAAGAGCCAGACGAUCCGACGCCGUUUCAAGGACCUGUGUUCUGGAUUGAAACCUCCGACGCCGUCUCUCGCCGCUACCAAUUUGACUCCCACGGCCUACUAUCUGUGAAGGUGGUUGAUGACUCAAGACCAGUAUUUCAUAGAAUGGUUGAAUCCUUCCUGAAUCAAUUUUUUCCUUCAGGUUAUCCAUAUAGUGUGAAUGAGGGGUAUCUUAGAUACUCACAGUUCCGGGCUUUGCAGCACUUCUCCAGCGCAGCAUUAUCUGUGCUAUCAACCCAGUCACUGCUAUUUGCUGCAGGCUUGCGACCUACACCUGCACAGGCAACUGCCGUGAGUUGGAUUUUAAAGGAUGGCAUGCAGCAUGUAGGAAAGCUCAUAUGUAGCAAUUUGGGUGCAAGGAUGGAUUCGGAGCCCAAAAGUUGGAGAGUUCUUGCUGAUGUGCUCUACGACUUGGGCACUGGCUUGGAAGUUCUUUCCCCCUUGUGCCCACACCUAUUUCUUGAAAUGGCAGGCCUUGGAAAUUUUGCAAAGGGAAUGGCAGUUGUUGCAGCAAGAGCAACAAGAUUGCCAAUAUAUUCUUCAUUUGCUAAAGAAGGCAAUCUUAGUGACCUAUUUGCAAAAGGAGAGGCCAUCUCAACUCUUUUUAAUGUUGUUGGAUUAGGAGUAGGGAUUCAGUUAGCAGCUACCAUCUGUUCGUCAAUGCAAGGAAAGUUGGUUGUUGGAUCUCUUCUUUCUGUUAUACAUGUUUACUGUGUCUCGGAAGAAAUGCGAGCUACCCCUAUCAACACAUUGAAUCCACAGAGAACUGCAAUGAUUGUGGCUGAUUUUCUUAAGACAGGAAAAAUAUCAAGCCCUGCUGACCUAAGAUACAGAGAAGAUCUUCUAUUUCCCGGCCGUCUCAUAGAGGACGCUGGAAAUGUUAAAGUGGGAAGGUCUCUGCGCAAGAUUGUCAAGCCUUCAAAAGUUCGCGAACUUAAAGAAAUAUUCCCUGAGGAGAAAUUUUUUAUAAAUCGUGGAACUAGAUGGACCGACAUGGUAUUGGAGCACAGUGCUACUGGUGAAGAUGCUUUGAGGGGAUGGCUUGUCGCUGCAUAUGCUGCAAACCUCGAGAAGUCUGUCCCUGAGCCCACUACUGCUGUUUUACCGGAAGCCUAUGAGAGGAUGAAUGACGUGUUCUAUCCAUUUCUCUCCGAACUGCAGGCUAAGGGGUGGCAUACUGACCGGUUUCUUGAUGGAACAGGAAGCCGUUUUGCGUGGUAGUACGAUAUUGUUUCAGGUAACCCAUCGAAAUUUUUGGGAUAGAGAUUAUCUUUUGUGAUUUUAGUACUGUAUUAGAGAGAUUGAGGAGGCAGGGGUAUGUUCUUUGCACUUGUUGAUUGUACAGACUCCCAUUAGGUCUCAUAUGUUAAUAUUCUUGAAGGAGAAGUUUGAAGAAGAAAUGGAAGGUUUUUGGGUGGUAUAUUCUCAAAUUACUUGGACACUUUGUGUUGUUUGAAAUUGAUCUCAACUAGAUCACUGAUGAGGCUGAUGAUCUGUGAAAGCUCUGAACUGUGAUAGACUAGAAUAAGUAAGCUCAAUUGAAGAAUGUUUCUUGUCAA